AUGGCUCUAGUGAACGUUGCUGCUCUCCAGUUUAUGUCUUCUGCUCUUUUAGGGAGUCGUUCUGCAACUUCCAACUUUCAAGUUUUGCAGACUAUAAGAAAAUUCUCCAUGAAGUCGGUAGUAAUGAGAGCGAGGCAGCCUGCCAGAACUGAAAGUGCAAAAACUCGAAACAGAAGAAUGCAGAAGAAGUACAACGGCACGCCCACGAAGCCGAGGCUUUCGGUCUUCUGUUCAGACAAACAAUUGUAUGCUAUGCUGGUAGAUGACCAGAACAACAAGUGUUUGUUUUAUGGAAGCACACUGCAGAAAUCUAUCCGUCAGGAUCCCAAUUGUAGUACCGCUGAAGCUGCUAAACGCGUUGGCGAGAAGUUGAUUCAAGUCUGCAGUGAUCUCAACAUAGGUGAAAUAUCGUCUUAUGAUCGCAAUGGCUUUGCUACCGGGGAAAGGAUUCAAGCAUUUGAGAUUGCAAUUUCAGAAUAUGGGUUCUUGUCGAGAUAAAUUGCAGCUGCUUCAGUGUAAACUUUUGUUGAUAUCUUGGAAUUGAGUAGUUCUAUUAACCAACCAGGAAACCUGUAAAGGGUUAGCUGUACUUAAAUUUGCAUUCAUUUUCAUAAUGUCCCCUUUAUUUAUAUUAAUUUUACGAUUUUCUUGUCC